AUGUCCAAUCAAACCAAGAUGGAUCUUUCCAUCGCUGAGAGAAGAGCCUACGAAUUUCUUCUCCGUUCUGAAGAAGCCAAACGUUGGAUUGAAGAAAUGAUUCAGGAAAAAUUCGGUCAAGGCUCAUCCAUUGCCUACUUUGGUGAAAUGAUGAGAGAUGGUGUGGCCCUUGCAAAGCUCGCCAAAAUUUUCGCGCCAACCCACGUAAAAAAAAUCAACAAGCCUAGUCAGAAUGCGAUCAAGUUGGAAUUUUCCUUGGUUGAUAAUAUUACUCAAUUUUUGAAUGCUUGUAAAUCAACUGGUUUUAGAGAGAUUUAUCUUUUUGAGGUUACCGAUUUGUGGGAAUUGAAGAAUGUUUACAAAGUGGUGCAUUGUCUCCAUUCACUUUCUGUUUACUUAUACACAAAUGGUUUGUCAAUCAAGAUGGAAAGACUCAAGUCACUCAAUAUUUCUAGGGAAGAUUUGGAACGUACAAAGAAAAUGCUUGAUGAUUUGGAAAAUUCUGGUAUCAAAUUUGAUGAUUCCAUGAUUGAAGGUGAUGAAGGUGAAAGUAGCGAAGAUUGUGACACUGAUGUUAGAUCAGACAAAAUUAGAGAAUACGUCACUAGUUUGGCCGAUCCAGAUCAUUGUAAAGUAGAUGGAGAUAAGUUAAAUUCAGCCAUUUGUGGUGUGGAAUCAAAAUUCACAAUCACAGCUUUUGAUUCAGAUGGUAAUUUAUUAAAGGGUUGCCAAGACAAAUUUGAAGUUCAAUUGCAAUCAGGAUCAACAACAUUCAAUGCAAACGUCAAAAAUAAUAGAGAUGGUACUUUUGAAGUGAGCUACACUCCUCAAGUUGCUGGUGACUAUGUCAUGACCAUUUCUCUCUUUGAUGAUGAAUUGGGUGAUGUUGUAGGUAACAUUACAAAUAAGAAUGCAUCAGAUGGUGCUUGGAAAGUCAAGAUUACAGCAAACCCUGUUUCUGAUCUAUCAAAAUGUGUACUCAAACAACAAAGAGAUAAUGCCAAGAGAGUAUAUAGAGCUGGUCAAGUUAUUGAUGAUCUCAUCUUGGAAAGUAGAGACUCAUGCGGAAAUAUUGGUCUUGGAGGUGAAAAAUUCGCUGCCAAGCUCAUUUCCACUGUUGACAAGUCUGUUGUUUUCAAUUCUAAUGUUUUGGACAAUAAGAAUGGUCUCUAUCAAUUCAUCUUCCAAAUUGAAAGAUCUGGUUCUUAUGAAUUGGAAGUUACUCGUGGUGAUGAAUACCUCUCCUCAACUCGUAUUCCAGUCUCAAUUCAUGAUUCUGGUAAGACUGAUCCAAACAAUUGUCUCUUCAUUGGAUUGGAAAGCAAUUUGCUUCACUUGCUUGAAGAUAAUGGCAGCGAGUCCAACAAGGUCUUAUCUUUGAGAAAGAAGGAAAAUAUUGUUAAAUUGGAAAGAAAGGCAGGCGAUGUCAUUAGAUUCUUGGUUCAAGCUCGUGACCAAUAUGGUAACAAUCGUGAAGUUGAUGGAACUAAUGAAUCCACUCUUCCACAACUCGUCUCUGAACAAUUGACUGUUAUUGCUUGUUUGGAAAGCUCUGAUUCACCAACUAUUGAAAAUAUUGACUCUGUUUUGAUGACUCCAAGAACUGCCAUGGUUGCCAAGAAACUUGGUGAAUCAGGUACUCAAUCCGAUGGUGUUGCUGUUGAUUCUACAAUUGUCAAGAUUCCACACAUGAAGAACGACUCUGAAUUGAGUGUAUUGUUGGGUCUUGAACAAUAUGCCCAAAAGUUCAAUGGUUCUCAAGAAAUGGAAAAGAAACUCUUUGAAACCAUGUCCAAGUUUGUUUCUGAAAAUGGUCAUCACGGUUUGUACCUUGUUGAAACUAAAUUGGUCGAAAGUGGAGACUAUUCUUUGCAAUGUAACUUGUUACAAGGAGAUUGUACUUCCACAUCAACUGCCGAAACUGACUCUGAAUCCAAAUCAAAGCCAACUCUCUACGCUGUUGGUCCAGCUCACACUGUUCACAUUACUGAUAAUGGUCUCACUGAUGCUAGUCAAUGUGCAAUUGUUCAAAGUUUCUCCAAGGGUGAAAGUGUUUCCAAUACUGUUGUUGUUCCAAACAGCUCACUCAAGUUGGAUCUCCAGAAGGAUGAUUAUGAAAAUCCAGACAAUUUUUCCGAUACUUUCAAAAAGUUCCAUGCUGGUCGUGAAAUGCACAUUAUUGUUCAAGCUCGUGACAAGUUUGGAAAUGCUCGUAACAUUGUAGAAAGUGAUGAAUUCUUAUUGAAACUCACUCCAAAACAAAAAUCAGAACAAUCUACUGAAGUUAUUCCAGUGUCUGCCUCCUCACAAAAAUUCGUUCAAGGAAAGGGUCUCUUUGAAAUUGUCUACACUGCCAAGAUUGCUCAAUCAUACUAUAUGGAAUUGGCAUAUGUUGACAAGUCUAAACUUGCUCCAGAAGUCACUGAACAAGAAAAGGCAGCUGCUGCUCAAUUGAUCAAAUCAUUCCCACAAGAAAUUACUGUCACUGAUGCUGCAAUUACUGAUCCACACAAUCUUUUAUUCUCUGGUACUGGUAUUACUAAUGCUGUUCAAGGAAAGGAAAGUUUCUUUGUUUUGAGAAUGAGAGAUGAAUUUGGUAACUUGAGACACCAAGGAGGAGAUGAUGUUAAGGCUACUCUCAUUUCUGAUGCUCGUAAGCUCGAAUCUGCUGCCGAAGUUAUUGACAAUAAGGAUGGUUCAUACACUGUCAAGUAUGUUGCUAAGGCCUCCGGUAAGAAUCGUUUCGAAAUUGUUAUCAAUGGUCAACUUGUCAAGAAUAAUGACAUUUUGGAUGCUGGUGUUUUCGUUUCACCACCAAAUAUUGAAGAUGCAAGCAAUGUUGAAACUAUUCUUGAUCACGAUUUACUCUCUGCCCUCAUGAAUGCUUUCCGUGUUGAACAAAAGACUGAUAACUUGGUUGAACAAAUCCAAGCUCUCAGACAAGAAUUGGUUAAACAACUUCGUGAAAACACCAAGAUUAGUACUGAUGUCAGAGAUAAGGAAAGAAAGAUUGCUCUCCUUGCUGAAAACAAGUAUCGUGCUGAAGAAAUCAUGAAUCAAGGAAAGAGUGGUAUUAUUGGUUACUUCCAACGUCGUAAGACUAUGCAAUUCGGUGGACCUCUUGGAAUUACCUCUGCUGCUGAUGCCAUGAUUAAGGAAAAUAUCAGUCUCUAUGGUAACUUGUUCUACUUGCUUCAAACUAAUCCAAAGUAUCUUGCCAAGUGUAUUUUCCUCGUUCCUGCAUCAGAUGUUGAUCAAUUCCUCAAUACUGUCACUUUGACCUUGUACGGUUAUGCUUUCAAUCCUCGUGAAGAAUAUUUGAUUUUGAACUUGUUCAAUGAAACUCUCCAACUCGAAGUUAAGAGUUCCACAUUGGAAAGUUUCUUGUCUGGUAACCCAAUUCUCAUCAAAUUGUUGAUUACUUAUUGUCACGAAAGAAUUUCAGGAAAGACCUUCUUGCAAAAGGUUUUGUACGACAAGAUUUUGGAUCCUAUCCUCGAAGAAAAGGAUCUCAACUUGGAUCUUAACCCAAUCAGUCUUCUCCGUGAUAUUGUCUCUCAAAAGGAAGUUGAAACUGGUAUCAAGAGCAAUAUUGACUUUAAGGAAAUGACCUAUGAAAAGGCUAUGGAAGCUGAUGAAAAUGUUCGUAAUGCCAUCAAUUCUAGAAAGAACAGCUUGAUCAAGAUUUGUGAACAAAUUCUCAAUUGUAUCUAUGAUAACAUUCCUGAAUUGCCAUAUGGUUUACGUUUCGUUUGUCGUCAAUUGAGAACUUUGCUCAUGCAAAAGUAUCCAAAUCACGAUGAUGAAAAGAAGAUUAACCAAGUCAUUUCAUACGUUCUCUUCUUCCGUUAUUUGAACGCUCCACUUUGUACUCCUGAUGGUUACAAUUUGACAAAGAAGAAGAUUUCUCCACUCAUGAGAAACAAUCUUGCCCUCAUUUCAAAGGUCUUGUUGAGAAUUUCUACCUUCAGAGAAUUUGAAGCCGUGGAUACUCACAUGUUAAUGAUGAACGAAUGGAUUCGUGACAAUAUUCCAUUGUUUAGCCAAAAGUUCUUGACUCCAAGUUUGGAAAUCGUUGAACCAGAAGAAUAUCUCGGUGUCAAUCAAUAUGCUGAACUUACUCAAAAGAAGAAUCCAAGCAUUACCAUUACUAUUAAUGAAAUUGCCCUUACUCACUCUCUCCUUGUCAAGUUCAGCGGAAGAAUCAUCCCAACUGGUGAAGCUGCCGAUCCACUUUCUGACCUCCUCACUCGUUUCAAGGAUAAGAUUCCAGAACAAGUUGAAACUGCCAAGAAUGAAGAAAUUACAUUGUCUCUUGUCCCAUUCAGUGUCAAUGGAAAGGCUGAAGCCACUGAUGACUGGCUCACACUUUCACCAGAACAAUUGUACGAAGUUACAAAGGAAAAUGUUAGAACUAUUCUUCGUUACAUUACUCCACUUCAAUUGGGAGAAACCGUUGAGGAUACCUUGUCAAAGUCUGACUCUUAUGCUGACGAAGUAUUGAAGAAUACUGAAAAUAUUGACAAUGAAGUUGCUGGUUUGACAAUCAAGAGAAAGGUCGAAGAAAUUCGUAAGGCCCUUCCAAAAUUGGAUGAAGCUCAAAUCAUUACCAAGGAAAAUCACUACCGUAAAUUGUUGAUCGAUAUCACUAAGGAAAUUCAAAAUCGUGAAGAACUCCAAAAGAAGCAACAAAAGGAAGUGGAAAGAUUGAAGGAAAGUUUGAACAGUUUGAGAUCAUAUCACUCAUUCUUGAAGGACAAGGAUGUCAGCUUGGAUGAAUACGUUCAACAAACUCUCAGAAACUAUUUCAAGAAGCAAGAAAAGAAGAAGCAAGAAUCUUCAUCCAAGAGCAACAAGGUAAAGAGCUACAAGUUCAGCUAUAAGGAUUUGUCUGAAAAGUACAAGAUUAUCCACGACAUUCAAGAAGGUUCAUUUGGUACUCUCCAAAAGAAGGUUAUCAAGUUUACAAUUUCAAUGAACGAAGGAGAACCAGGUGUCUUCUCAGUUUGUCCAACACUUGCUGGUAAUGUCAUUACUACUCUCCAACUCAGAUUGGAAGAUUUGCUCGAUAAGCGUGAAAAGGGUCAAGAACAUCUCAAGAUUGAAGGUGUUGUGCUCAAUGUCAACAUGACCAUUCACUUGCUCAAUAAGAAAUUCUUAUCAAAGAAUUAAUUUAUAAAACCUAUUAUUAAUGUA